GGUUCAACAAAUUAUGAAUGCAACCAUAGAAGUGCAUUGCAGCAAUGAUGAAGACAUACAAUGUCAUAUCAAGCAGAUCUUCACACAGCCACAUUUGGAACUAAGUCCGGAAUUUAACCCGAAGAUCAAAGAUUAUUACUCUGAAGUCCCUUUUGAUGUGGUAACCGUGACAAUUGGCGUGGAGACUUCUAACUGUCAGUGCAAGGUGUACCUGCAUGAACGGGCAGGGCCAAGCUUUGCCAACUACCCUCUGGGCUUAGGAACAAACAGAAUCUCAAUGCUUGUGGUGGAUGAAUCUCUGGCGCAGGGUGAGACCCUGAUCACGUACAAACUCACCAUCUAUCGAGAAGACCGUCCAAGUCUGCCCUUGUUUGAGGACUUUAUGGCAUGCGGUUUUGUGCAGGAUUCUAUGUAUAAACUUCUACAUUUCCUCACAUCAUAUACCCUCCCUAUGGGUGAUUCUAGGGAAGUAAUAAUUGGUACUAUUAUCAUAUGUACUAAUCCACUCAGCAAAUAUAACUAAAUGCAUCAUGUCACAGGGAUUUUUUAUGCCACUUGGAACAUUGAAAGCACAGAGGGUCAGUAAGAGAAUAAUGGCCCGCAAGGACUCAGUGAGUGGUAUGUAUCUACCAUGUUUUCUUGCAUGUAGUGGCCAAGUACAGUAUCCUCCCCUCUCUACUCACCACCAUCACAGUCUCAUCUAUUCCCCAGAGUUGUCUUUGUAAUAGCUCAA